UCUCGAACCCGUGAAGCUCUGCUCAUGUCCGAGCCCACCGCACUACGGCUCCCGGCGUGCUGCGCGGGUGGGCGGGGCCGCAGCAACGUUCUCAACGCAGCCAGUAGGAGCGCCCCGGGGCGGUGAGGUCACUGCGGGUGACGUCAGGGGUCCAGAGAGAGGCUCCGGCAGAGGCGGCCGGAGUGGGGCUCGCUGCUGAGGGAGCGGAGCGAGAGCGGCGGCCGUGGGGGGGGAGCACCGGGGCGGCACCGCCACCGGAGGAGGGAGAAGAAGAAAGCGGAGGCAGCACCGGCAGCGACAACAGAGGCGGCGGCGGGGGAGGAUCCCAGCAGCUCGGAGCCUCGGCGGCCCCCCGCUCCCCUCGGUACUGGGUUUUUCCCCCCCACCUCGGUCCGCGGCCGUAGCGGCGGCGCUGACAGCCCGCCCGGAGCACCGGGGGCGGCCGCGGCCACCAUGUCCUCCCCCAGCCCGGGCAAGAGGCGGAUGGACACCGACGUGGUCAAGCUUAUUGAGAGCAAACACGAGGUCACAAUCCUAGGAGGACUCAAUGAAUUCGUUGUCAAGUUUUAUGGACCACAAGGAACACCAUAUGAAGGUGGAGUAUGGAAAGUUAGAGUCGACCUUCCUGAUAAAUACCCCUUCAAAUCCCCAUCUAUAGGAUUCAUGAAUAAAAUUUUCCAUCCCAACAUCGACGAAGCGUCAGGAACUGUAUGUCUAGAUGUAAUCAAUCAGACUUGGACAGCUCUCUACGAUCUCACCAAUAUAUUUGAAUCGUUCCUGCCCCAGCUGCUGGCCUAUCCCAACCCUAUAGAUCCUCUAAAUGGUGACGCUGCAGCCAUGUACCUCCACCGACCAGAAGAGUACAAACAGAAAAUUAAAGAGUACAUUCAGAAAUAUGCAACAGAAGAAGCACUAAAAGAGCAGGAAGAAGGCACCGGCGACAGCUCGUCCGAGAGCUCCAUGUCCGACUUCUCGGAAGACGAAGCUCAGGAUAUGGAGUUGUAGUAAAAAAAGAAGUUCUUUCCAAAGACACCGCCUGGGAUGGACCGCGGAGUGGUUGUUUUCCUCCUCAAAAAAACCCCAUAGAAGAUCAAACAGUGGAGUUAAAAAUAUGAUAAGGUAGCUCCUUCAGCUCCAGCUUUGGUGUUUUGCAUGGAGUCACCCUGGGAGGGGAGGGGAGACAACAAAAAAAAAAAACCCAACAGACAGAAAAGGAUAAAUGGAGGAUAAAAAAAACCCACCCCCAACCCUCAACCAAACGACGAAAGGAAGGAAAUAGACAACCAAACGAAAGACAAACAAACAGUACAAGUGCAUGGAGCUGUUCCUGAGCUGAAUUCUGGAUUUUGAAGUCCAGUUUUAUAUGUUGGACUCCUGCCUGCCCCCUCCUGAACUCCUAAGGACUUGACAACCACUGGGCUGAUUGUUUGGUUUUUUUUUGGUUCCCUCCUUUUCUUUUGGUUUCUCGCUUUUGGGGAGCUUUGGAGAGGGGGGGGGGAAAAAAAGCCUUCUUCAUGGAUGUGAUUUGCUUUUCUCGGGCUGGAUUAUGGAGAUUGAGGCCUCUUUUUGGGGAGGAAAAGGAAAAAAACCACCAAACCACCACCCCCUCCCCACCUCUUCUCCUCCCUUCCCUUCCCCACCACCGCAACCGCCGCUCUCCGAACAAUGCUUUGGUUGAAGCUGGGAGCGCAACCUCGAAGUUCCAAACCUCUUUGUCCUAGCUUGGAAACUGGCUUCAUGGUUUGGGUUUUGUAUCUUUUGGGUUGGUUUUGUUUGGGGUAUUUUUUUUUUUUGUGUUGGCUUCAAGUAUGGUUCAACACCUCACAGACACCACCUCCUGAAGGUCCUCUUGCCCUGAUGGAUCAACCUUGCUUGAAAGCUUCAGCCCCGUUGAGGAUUGAGACCUUGCUGUUGGCUGUAGUCCACCAAUGUCAUCGGCACGGAGCUGUUGUUGGGUUUCUUUUCCUUUCCUUUGGGUUUGUGGUUCCUUUGGGGGGGUUGUGGGGGUUUUUUUUGGUUGUUUAUUUUCCUUCCCCACUUCUGCACUGGCUUGGUGUAGCCAUCUUGCUUGUGUGUGUGUACAACAGGACUGCAAAAAGUCCUUUGAAAGCGAAAGAAAUGCAAAAGUCUGGAGAGGAAAAGAAAGGAAAAAUAAGAGAUGAAUAAAAACCAAACCAGAAAAAAGCCUAAAGAGCACCAAA